AUGUUCUUCAUGAACAAGGGCGAGGACAAGGGCCGCAGCAGAGGCUCGGCCGAGAAGCUCAUCAUCUUCGGCGCGGAGCGCGCCCGCAGGGGCGCCGAGCUGAAGGUUAUGACGGGGGUCGAGAAGAAGGCCCCAGGCCAGUUCACUCGCGGUCUGCGCGAGAAGACCUCCGACUACGACGGGUUCGACACGGACCGGCUGAUCCUGAAGGAUUCGGGGAGAGAGAAAGGAGUUGAGCUACGCGAUCGGCAAGGAGGAGCCGCCACGCAGAAGAAGCUCGAGAGGGCGGCGGGCUGCAUACUGCAGUUCGUGGGCCACUUCGCCUUUAUAGCUGGCACGCGGAAGGAGCGGCGCUGCUGCCGGGAGUUCAUUAGCUGGCUCCUGCAGCAGAUGCGCGGCAGCGUCACCAUCCCAGACAUCUCCCGCCGAGAUGACGCGACGGAGGUGUACAUCCCCGCGAACUGCAAGGGCUGGGUCACCGGCAACCGCGGGAGCGAGCUGCGCAGGAUGGAGCAGGACACCGGGGUGUACAUGUUCAUGGCGCUGGACGGCAGGGGCGAAGAGCGCCUGAUCAUCUUCAGCGCGGACCCGGGCUCCAAGGUCAGCCCCACUGGCCGGAUGGCGGCGGAGCGCUUGGUCAACGAGAUGAUCCAGGAGGGGGAAGCUGCGCGACGACGGCCCCCGCGGCCGCUCGGACAGCCGAGGCGGCGGCGGGGGGCGCAGCCCCUCCCGCCGGCGCUCGCCGUCGCGCAGACGCCAGGAUCGAUUCCCGGCGCCGAUCGCCGCCUCGCCGGUCGCCGUCCAGAGGCAAAGGAGGCGGGCGGCGCAACGACUCGCGCGGCCGCUGAGGGCGGCCGGCUUGGGUGCCGGUCGCGCCGCCCGCGCAGAGACCCCCUCCAGGGGUGUGUCCCAACGGCGGCCUCCGGGCUCGG